AUAAACAUGGCAACUCCAAGCAAUAUAAGGUGUGCAAGAUGCAGUAUGGUUGUGCUAGAUGUAUGUAAUGCAAUAAUGCAAGAUCUGAUGCAACAUCAACCUAUAUCAGCGCCAGAUCUAUAUAAGAUGAUUAUGAAAGAUAGAUAUUUUCUAACGAAAAAGAUUAAUUCAAUUGAAAUUCACACAAUCCAAACUUUAAUAACAGACGGAUUUUCCAAAUUAGAUUUCUCAAUUAUAUACAAGAUAGCGAAGUAUUUUAGAGGUUUGAUUCCUACACCAACAAGAAACUGGGGUACAAAUCCACUGCCAAAUGAAAUUGAGGAAGGUGAUGAUGUAGAAAGGCUUCGCCGAAAAAGGAACUACAUGGUUCAUAAGGUUGAUGCAGAGAUAUCAGAGCAAGUCAUGAACGAAUUCUUUACUACCAGUAUUGAAAUUGGAAGGCGUAUUGAUAAUUAUUUGAAUAAAACAGGUGAAGAUGGACAUGAAGAAAAGAUUAAACACUAUCAGUCUUGUUCUUUGGAACCGGAAACAACAGAAAACUAUCUCCGUGCUCUUCGGGAAAUAGAAUGUCUUAAAGAAAAAUUGACAUUAAAGGUUGGCAACAAAGAACUUCAUUUCUAUGAAGGAAAUUCAAUCGCACAUGUUGUGGCAAAGUUAAAUGAGUCUCAGAGCUUAAAUGAAGGGGAUCAUAUGACUCCAGUGAAACUGAUAUUACAUGAUGUUAAAGAUGAGGACCAGCAAAUAGAACUGUUGAACAAAUUACGUACGGAGAACAACUUCGACACUGACAAUAUUAGGUUUAUAAGUGCAACAAAAGAAUGCAUAGCGGUCUUCGUGUAUAUUCGAACUACGAUACUCGUAAACAGUACCAUUCGUUCAUCAGAAAUAAAGCUGUUUGUACAAAAAAUGAUUUCGUCGACAGGAAUGAUGUUUUAUGUCGAAGAAGAUUUGAAUAUAGUUGUUGUUUCAUCGGAAGACGAAAUAAACGAAUGUCCAUCAAAUGAGAUUGCAGAAGAUGUCAGAGAACAAAGUGACAUUUCAUUAGUUCUUAAUCUUGAGAUGGGAAAAAGAGUGAUGCAAUCAAACGAGUCGGUAAAAGAAAAUUUUGAAAGAUUUCUUGGUAACAUAUACGAGAGAACGAAUGGAAGUGUUUUCAGUCACAGAGAAGAUACUCCGUUUAACGUCGUUUUAGCUGAAAAUGACAAUGUAAGAUACAUACAAGAAGGUCUGCUAGAACCAAUGGAGCUAUUGUUAUGCCCAAGGACAGGUUUAGACAGGUGUUUACCAUUAAAAGGUGGUUAUAUUGCCUGGGCAGGAGGAAUCGCCAAAGGUGGCUCCGUUGCUACUCAUGCAGUUCUCUCACGAAAACGAAGAACAUCAGUUGAAGAGAUUUCAAAAAGAUAUAAUGAAAAAAUGAAUAAAUGGAAAGAAGAGUGCUUGACAAUAGGUAUUAUGUUACAAAAUAAAGUUAACCAGCCAAAUCGCCAUUCAAGCCUGGCUGAAGAAUUUCCUCAUUGGUUUAACUUUUGGGCUAAACUUAUAAUAGGGUCAUCUCAAGUUAAUAAGAGUACAGAAUGGGAAAGUAUCGCUCAAAUAAUCUUAAUAUCGUUGCGCAUAGAUACUGCCUUUGAUGAUCCAGAUAUAGGAAGAUGUGCUGUGAGCGGCAUUUUGUUGAUACCGCUAGAUUUAAACAACAUUGUUGAUUCAGUUAUUGAUGUCCACAAGAAAAAUCCACAUAGAAUAUCAUCAUCUAUAAGAGCAAUUGGGAAAAAAAUUAAAGAGAAGUGUCCAACUGAAACCGAAAUAGAAACAAUGAUAAGAGAAACAAUAAAUCGUUUGUGA